AGUCCCACAAGGUUCUCCGUGCCAUUCAAACACACCAGCCGACCCGAGCCGAGCUGAUCCGGUUCAGCAUUUGCAGAAUCCCUGCAAACAGCGUUUCCAGUUCGAUGGAGGAUUACACAUACGCCUACAUCUCCGAGCCCGUGGAGUUCCGCCAGCUGGAGGGCAAUGCGAUUGACUUCCGCAAGACAUUCGAUCUGCGAGGCCAGGGCACCGACGAAAUGCUUCAGUUGUACCUGCGCAAGGCAAAUUUGUCCGAUGAUCUUGAACGUCUGCCGGCUAUUGUGCGGCGCGCCUAUGUCUAUGACAUAAUUAGAAGCAAUAAGGAACCCGGUUACUGGGUGGUAAUAUCCUGCAGCAUCUCAUCUUGCCAGCUUCAUCAGCCGAAAGUGUCCUUGAUGUUGUCCACAGUUGUCCUGAACGCAGCCGUUUUCUUCUCCUUUCAGCCACCGUCUAUGCAAGUGAGCAGCGACGUCUUUGCACAUCCACCGCCAGCAGUUCGUCCACCGCCUCACUACGCCGACAACGUGAGCAUCAACGCCAGUCUAGACGGCAUGAAGAGCUCCUCCUCCUCGAACAGCCUGGACAGGUAUCUGGGCGCUCCGCCCUCUGUGGCCUUGGCGGGUCCCAGCUUCGCCACCAGCGUCUUGGUCAGCAGCAAGGGCUCCAAGUACGAGAUUAGCGGACCAGUCAACUUCCAGCACGUUUCCGGCGAUGUGACGCGGGAUCGCACGCGAAACGCCUUCGACCUGAAUGCCGAUCCCAACGACAAGGUGCUGAGGAAGUACAUGAUGGAGCGUGGCAUUACGGAGGCGGACAUUAGUGACAUGCGGCGCCAAGAAGUGAUCAAGAAGAUCAUUCACUCCAAUUUUACUUGGAUGCCACCAAAAAGUGAUCUUCAGGCGCAGCCAAAAGUUCAAGAUCAUGCCAGGCCGCUGCUCUAUGCCACCAUUUCCACUAAUAACCAGAUUACUCCUCCGCCGUCUCCACCGCCGCCUCCAAUAGCCACUAUUUCGAGGCCAACGGAGGCACCAAACUUCUCCAACUACGCCUCGCUUACUUCACGGUUUGUGGAUAUCUCCGAUAUGGACUUACCUGCUCCUACGCCGGCUGCACCAACUCCUUUUCAACCGGCAGAGGUCGGAAGUGUGAUACCCGUCCAAGUGCAGCCUCAGCAGAGUGUGAAACCUAAGGUUCCUCCACCUCCAUCGGCGGUAAUGGCGAAGAACACACAUGGAUAUCCAGCGGCCAUUGACAUUCGUCAAGUGAGGCCAUCUGUGGCGCCAAAGGUAGCGAAUGAGACGUACGCCACCAUAUCACCGCAACGGAAAGUGGGCUCAAUGCGCGUUCCACCGCCGGCGCCUCCAAAGCCAACAAUAGUGCCUCAUACGAACUCGACGAUUUCCAACGGAUCACUGUAUGCUGUGUCCCCGGUGCAGUACGCGCCUGUUGCCAAGCCGGCGCCACCAGCUGCUCCUGCCAAGCCGACUUCUAGAUCUUCGGCUGUCUAUAUGACACCACUGUCAGCGCAGAAAACCCAGAUUAGUAGUACUCCGGUGCCAGUUUCACCACCGCCGCCUACAGCGGCAUCCGUUGGUGUUCCACCGCCGCCUCCAGCGCCACCAGCAGGUGUUCCACCAGCACCGCCACCAAUGCCAGUUUUUGGCGCGGGAGGCGCUCCUCCUCCACCACCGCCUCCAUCAAGUGGCAUGGCCGGCGUUCCACCACCGCCUCCGAUGCAGAAAUCACAGCCCAAGGCUGUUUCAGCUGCCUCCACCGGCGGAGACCCGAGGGAUGCGUUCUUGGAGAGCAUUCGACAAGGCGUAAAGCUGAAGAAAGUGGAUCAGAAGGCAGCCACCAUAAGUGGCAUUAAGCCGCGUCCAGAACGUAAGCCGGUGACCACCGACUUUCUAAGUGAACUGAAGCUGGGAAUAACACUGAGACGGGUCAAGAAUCCGGCGGAUAAUCCGUAUUCCGAGGAAUCGGAGUCGCAGGCGUAACGAUUUGGCGGUUAAACUUUCAACUGCGCCGCAUUUUACCACACUGAACCAAGUGGCAGGGCUGCCAGACUGAGAACAACCGCCUUAAUUUUAAUUUUCGCAAAUGUAUUUAUAAUUUUAAUAUUAAUCACCAUGACAAAUGACCAUUAGCGUUUGUAAAUAAAAUUGUUAUCGCCAG